AUGCGCCCUUUCUUUAGAAGGAAAUUGAUGGAAGGGUAUUAUGGUAAAUUCCUCAAAAUUCAUAUUUCCAGAAUUCCCCGCCAUUAUUUACUUUCACUUCCGAGCGGAGUAACAGUAACCGCCAUGAAAUAUGCUCUUCAGAUCUUCCUUCUCUUCUUCUUCCUCCUCCGCCGGAUCUCCAUCGCCGCCGUGGCGCAGACACCUGCGCACUCAACCGCCGCCUGCUCCGACGAGCUCGUCGCCUUCUCACUCUGUCUACCCUACGUUGCAGACUCCCCCAAUAACCUAACCGACUCGCCUCCGCCGCAGUGCUGCGACGACAUCUCCGCCGCCUUGGGGAACGGUUCUGCAAUCUGUCUCUGCUACUUCAUCCGACGACCUAAUGUGCUCGGAUUUCCACUCAAUCAGACCAAGCUCCUUUCUCUCCCCACCGUUUGCCCGCGGAGUGAUGGAACCGGCGAUAAUUUCACUCUCGAAGCAGUAUGUUCAGGACCGGCUGCCUUGCCACCGCUACAAAGCAUAACCGGCCCCAGCAGCACAAUGCCUCACUACUCUGGUGCCUACAGGCCCCCAUCUUCUCCGGCGAGUUCACCUCAGGGACCAAGCAGCAGCCCAACACAAGAACCACAGAAAGAACUACCAACAUUCACAACUGCAGAUUCACAGGCUACAGAACAGACAUACAGACUCGGUGUGAGUUCCCGAAUUAUCCUCUUUACAAUUUCAUUUCUAUACCAGCUAAGUCUCCUAUAGUCCUGCAUAAUUAGGAUCCUAAGAUUCUGCAUCUCUA